GUUCUUCGUACUUUCGUCUGCUUUACUGGCCGUGGCUGGUGGUUGAGGAUUUUACUAGUGUCGUAACAUACUUUUAAGUCUUUUCUCACUACGUUGGGUAUUUGGCACGGAUUAUUACCACGUAAUACUAUCGGAUUUAGUCUUUCUCAUUACGCCGUUGGUUCGACCAUAUUCAUAGGAACCUUUGUUAAUCAUAUGAACUCUGAGAGCAGCUUACAAGUAACAUUCAUUUCAUAAUAACUGUUAUAAUUUUGUUAUAUAAUAUUCAAUUUGCAUUGUAACCGCAAUUUGUUACUUUCUGCUCUACUCGUAAUUGACACUGAGGUUCGUAGUGAUAGUUCUUUAUGGUAUAUUGUUGUUAACUUUGUAUAUUGUUAUAUCUCGAAUAAUCUCUUUUCUGGGAUCGAUCGCAAGUAUAACUAGGCGUAAAAGGCUAUCAACUGAUCACUUUCCAGAAGUGACUUUAUUCAUUUCUUAACUGGGAAAAUUAAUUUAAUUCUCAUUAUUUAACUGAACAGUGUUUAAAGAUAUAAAUGGUCGCCAGUUAACUGUUUGCUCAACAUCAAAUAUUGUGUUUUGUUUUACAGUUCAGAAAGAUGAUCGCUUCUGGAUCUCCAUUGUAUCAUAACUUAAAGGGUUGAGUUCCACAACUCGUUAUUCUAGUAAAAGUACAAAGAUCCUUUUUAUAAGUGCACAUUUAACCUUCAAAAUACUUGAAUGUUCAUUAAGAUGUAUAUUUUUAUAUUAAAGCUGUAUCAUUCCUACUUUUUGUAUUUAGAACUAAACAGCUCUUACUCGGCCUCAAAAAAGCAAAUGUUUUCAGUUUGUCGACAGUUUUAUUUCAGCAAAGUCACUUUUGUCGCUCUACCCAGCAAAUAUCAGAGAGCAUUACACCAUGAGUCAAGACACAAAAUCGAAAAAAUAAAAUUAAGAGAGCCUUUCGCUGUCGUUGCUGGGAACUUGCCGAAGACAGCUUUGAAUGGUGAGCAAGCUUUCAAUUUUUUGAAUGAUGAUGCAAAAGUUUUUAUUCACGGCGGCGCAGCUACACCUACAAUACUUAUUUCGGAAUUUUAUAACUAUGUGAUGGCUAAAAAGCUGAAGAAUAUAUCGGCUUACCACAUUCAUACAGAGGGACCCUUUCCAAUUAUCAAUCCUGAAGCAAGUAGUCACGUCCGAUCUGUGUCACUUUUCACAGGCAGCAAUUGUAGAGAUCCAAUCAAGAGUGGAAGAGCCGAUUAUGUUCCUAUAUUUUUGAGUGAAAUACCACUCCUGUUUCGCAGAAAUAUCAUAAAACUCGACCUAGCAUUACUAAAUAUCAGUCCUCCGGAUGUUAACGGGUAUUGUUCUCUUGGACCAAGUGUAGAUGUUACUCGUGCUGCUAUUGAGUCGGCUAAGCACCUCGUUGGUCAAAUAAAUCCGAGCUUACCGGUCACUUCUGGAGAUGCCCAUGUACACAUAAGUAACUUCACGUCGAUCAUCCACGGAGAUAUGCCUUGUCACUUUAUGAAUCCACGACAAAUGACCGAAGUUGAAGAUAAAAUCGGCUCAUUGAUUGCAGAUAACCUAAUCGAUGAUGGUGCCACUCUGCAAACAGGUAUUGGGGCAAUUCCAGAUUCAGUCUUAGAUAAGCUUUCCAACCAUCGAAACUUAGGAGUUCACACAGAAAUGUUCUCAGAUGGAAUUAUUAAACUAGUUGAAAAUGGUGUUAUAACAAAUGCGAACAAGGUAGUACGUCCAGGGAAAGUUGUCACGAGUUUUGUCAUUGGUACAGAGAAUGUUUUCAAGUUUUUACAUGAUAACCCAUUGAUUGAAUUCCGUGAUGUGGCCUGGGUUAAUUCACCUUUUGUAAUAGCCCGAAAUCCAAAACCGGUUUCCAUUAAUUCAUGCAUUGAAGUUGAUCUAACUGGCCAAAUUGUAUCCGAUUCUGUUGGCAGUAGAAUCUACUCAGGAUUUGGUGGUCAAGUUGACUUCAUCCGCGGGGCUGCAAUAGCUGAAGAUGGUUUAGGCAAACCUAUAAUUGCUCUUCCAUCUACGACAAAACGUGGUGAAAGUAAAAUUUCUCCAUGUCUUAAACCUGGUGCCGGUGUUGUAACAUCUCGAGCUCAUGCUCACUAUGUUGUCACCGAAUAUGGUAUCGCCUAUUUAUUUGGACGUAGUUUAAGGCAGCGCGCACAUGCUCUUAUUCAGAUUGCUCAUCCAGAUCACAGGUAACCAAGUCGUGCUUCCUUUUUUAUAUGGACACUCGUUUGUUAUUCUAAUAUCUAUCUUCAUAAAUAUAUAUUUUGAUAAAUUUGUUUGCUUGAGAUUAGUCUUAUCUGCAAAACUAUUCUGAUAUUCGGAUUCUUUGAGUAGUAAAACUUCAUAAUGAUAUGAUAAUAGCAUAUCACCGUGCAUUGAAGUCCAUCAUCUUUUAGCAGUGUGCUGUAAACGUUCGUGCAGUACCCCUCCAUUAGUUGCUUGUGGUGCUGUUGUUAUCUAGAAAGACAGUGGACAUUUUAUGAAUAGACCAUCCAUCUCAGAAAAUACAGUACCACUCAUAUUGUCUAUUAACAGUCUUAACAGCUAAGCAGUAAUAACCAAGUUUAACAGUGAUUUACAUCUACUCAACUUUCUAAGAAAGUAUGAAAUUCAUGACGGUCACAGAUUAGUUUUGCCGAUUUCAUAGUUUCCAACUUCAUUGAUUUCGGCAUAAUGAAUUCCAUAAUAAUGAUUGAUCAGGUAUACCUAUUUUGUGUCUACUUCUUUCAAUAGUGAAGAAAUGUUCUCAUACAAGUCCAGCGUUAUCAUGUAGUUAGUGCUGUGUAUGAUGUUUUUUGUCAUCUCUUUUUUAAUUGAUUCAUUCUUUUUUGUCAAAAACAGAGAAUCAUUAGAAAAGGCAUCAUUUGAACAACUCAAAGUAAUUCCAUCAGCUGAUUAGAAAGAAAACUACGUGGUUCCAAAGAGAUAUGUGAAUAAGUGAUGUGUAAAGUAAAACAAGUGAUGAAAUUCUUACAAACAUGCUAUUAAUAAUUUAUGUAAUACUCGUACAUUGUAACAAAUAAUCUUGCGGAAAAUUUAUUUUUAACAUUUAUUCUGUAGUGCUUUUACUAACAUAUGUAUUUUACCACAUUGCUUUAUAAUUGUAUUUAAUUUAUACUUAUUAUUAGUGUUUAAGUUACAUUAUCUUCCAAGUCUCAG